AUGCCGACACUACCAGGGCGUCGAUACGGUGAGCCGGAUUGGGGCAACGCCGAGCAGGGUGGACUUCACUCCGAAACCCAUCCUGCUCUGACCUCCUGCACUUCUAGCUAUGAAGAACGGCGACUGGCGCAGUACGGCAAGACCCAUGCCGCUGUGCCCAAAGGAAGGAGGCUGGCAUCAUACCCAAAACCUAAGGAUCUCAUCAAUAUGACGGAAAUGGUCCGAGUGAUUGUGGGACAAGAAGAACAGACGUGGAUGCUACAUCGGGACCUUUUGACCGCGGUGUCGGACUUUGCCAAAGCGGCCUUGUCGAACCCAUUCGAGGAGAGCCAGGAGCAGACCAUUCGCCUACCAGAAGAAAACCCUGCCAUUUUCGCCAUUUUCGUGAGCUACCUUUACACGGAUUCCUUGUAUGGCUCUGUGUUGGGCGACGGCAAGUUAUUCGUUGAUACCCUGGAUGCAGAUCUGGCCCUCUACAUGCUUGCGGAUCGACUACAGGACCUCGUUCUGUGCAAGCACUUGGUCGAACGGUUGGCCUUCAGUUAUGACCGCUUUACAGCAGAACAGAUCCAGUAUGUCCUAGACAACACAGCUCCAAGCGAUCCCCUCCGGUAUGCCUGUCUUCAGCGUGUCAUACGAGAGAUUCAAUGCAGAACUGCCUUCUUGAAUGGACCACUCGCUGCCGAGCUCUACGAUAACCACGCCCCGGAAAUCCUAGCCAUCAUGAUGGGAAGGUUUGAAGAGCUUGUCAUAGCUCCCGUGUAG